AUGGGGUCGGGCGGCGCGCGGCAUCGUUGGGCGGAGGCCCGGGCGGCAGGCUUGGGCUGCCGUGGUCGGCGGUGGGCUGGGGACGUGUCCUCUGCCUGUCUGCUCGAGUGGUUGCUUGCCUUAGGCAAGCCGCUGCGCGGGUGCGAUGCGGCUGGUGUGGUCGCGUGGACUGGAAGGGGGUGGGUGAAAGGGCGGCUGCGCAUUUCCGCGUGCCCGCGCGCCGGUGGGCGCAAGUUUGAAUUCGGCGCAAAUGCGAUUCCGGUCCCACGGGCUGCAUGGGUCGCGUGCCCCGCACGGUUCCCCCGCCGGCGGAUGCGGCGGUGCCACGCCGGGCGCUGGUGUUGGAUGUUUUCCGGGCGGCCUUUGAGGCUGGUCCGGGGCACGGCUCCCGCCGUGCCUUGUCUUGCAAAACCAUCACGGAUGUCGACCUUGUCUGAAAUGACUGGCUGUGCAUGUGUGUUUGUGUUCGCGCCCUCUCACCGCAGCUACGACUACCUGUUUAAAAUCGUCCUGAUCGGCGACUCUGGCGUGGGCAAGUCCAAUCUGCUGAGCCGCUUCACUCGCAACGAGUUCUCACUGGAGUCCAAAUCCACAAUCGGAGUGGAGUUCGCCACCAGGAGCAUACAGGUGGAUUCCAAGACCAUCAAGGCCCAAAUUUGGGACACUGCUGGCCAGGAGAGAUACCGUGCCAUCACCAAUGCGUACUAUCGAGGAGCUGUUGGAGCACUGCUUGUGUACGACAUCACAAAAACCUCCUCGUUUGAGAACGUGUCGCGAUGGCUGAAAGAGCUCCGCGACCAUGCUGAUGCCAACAUCGUUGUGAUGUUGGUCGGCAACAAGAGUGACCUGCGACACCUGAGGUCAGUGAAGACAGAGGACUCUCAGACCUAUUGUGAGAGGGAGGGGCUGUCCUUUAUUGAGACGUCUGCACUGGAAGCCACAAAUGUAGAAAAGGCCUUUCAACAGACACUGACUGAGAUUUACCACAUCGUCAGCAAGAAGCAACUCGAGGCGGAGGAACCCACACAGGGACCUGGAGCUGGAACCAAGCUCGUGUUGGAUCAACCGGCAGAACAGGCAGCAGGAAAGAAGUCAUGCUGUGCAUCAGGGACCUAG